AUGACCGAGAUCAAGAAAAUCUCCACCCCAUUGGCAGCUCAGCCUGUCGCUCCCUAUUCUCAAGCCGUUCAGGCAGGUCCGCACAUUUUCGUUUCCGGUCAAAUCCCAGCCGAUGCCCAAGGAAACCUCGUCGAAGGCACCAUUGCCGAGAAGACGACUGUCUGCUGCGAGGGAAUGAAGAAUAUCCUCGAAGCCGCGGGAAGUUCCAUCAGCAGAGUUGUCAAGGUGACGGUCUUUCUCACCAGCAUGGAUAACUUUGCCGAGAUGAACUCUGUCUAUGAGAAGUACUUUGGUGAGCACAAGCCUGCGCGCUCCUGUGUCGCUGUCAAGGAGCUGCCCAAGGGUGUCCCUGUUGAGCUCGAGUGCAUCGCUCUGAGCGGAAGCGGUUGA